CUAUAGGCGAGAGAGAAAUARCCAAGGAUAUGAUUUGUACUGCCUACAGGGAGUGAACAUGUGAAGGAAUUGGUKRAGAUCAAGACUAAGGAAAUGCAUCUUCAUGGAAUACAAUGGCUGGUUUUAUGUUCUUUGUAUCGAGUCUUGAUCGUAACAGCCGCGCAAGACUGGACACCAGAAUUUCUGGCACAGACCCGAAAAGCAAAUUGCAUUCUGGGUAAUAUUGAGCGCGACGUCACAUUCCUUCACGGGACGGAUUCUGGGAACUUUAAGAAAUUGGGCAAGGUUGCUGACAUGGAUGUUUGCGCYCUCUUAUGCUGYGAAAUGGAUAAMUGYKAAGCAGCCUUCAUGGCAAACAGGAACUGUUUUGCAGUAGAGUGUCAUAGCCAAGAACACUGCGCUACUGCGCCUGCGCACAGAAAUAAAUAUCAUCCUUCAGUAGUAUUUAUUAAAAAGAUCAAACAAUCACCAAAUGAUCGAUCUAAYGGCAGUUCUGUCAGUGGUACAAAUAAGUCUGAUAAUCGGCCUACGACACUAGCUGUGAAAUCUAACAAAGACAUGCAACUCUCUGUGCAGUCUGGUGAUGAUAACAAGUCAGACCUUCAACCUACUGAAGUAUCUAUCAAUUCUAAUGACGGCAUACGAUUUGAUGUUCAGUCUGGUAAAGACAGUAAAGAUGGAAAUAAGAAGGAAGCUGUCAUAGUAAACGAUGAUGUAAAACACACUAAAAUACCAGAGACACCAAUACCAGGAAUAAUUGAUACAUUGGAGAUACCGUCGCAGGGUAAAAUACAAACAGUUAAAAUGGAAGAAAAGAAAACCAUACCAACAAUGGAUGAACACAAGACAUGGAGACAGAAAAAGCUAAAGCAAUCAAGAGAUAGUCUUGUAUCGGCAGCAGUGGUGACAUGUUCCAUGGCAUUCUUGCUUAGCUUUGCAGCAAUGGUCGCUGCUAAAAUAAGAAAAAGAAAAGAAUCUACAGAGAACCCAGAGUAYUCUACAGUAUCAAACAGUGAAGAAUAGACAACACUUAACACUGAUCUGAGCACUAUAGGACUUAAUGUACAGGACUGUAUUGUCCUGUGGACCUUGAACAUUUCCAGGAAGUAUCUGGAAUCUAAAAAUUGUUAUAUAAAGGUUGUCAGUACAAAUUAUGCACUUUGCACUUAUGGGUGUCUAUACCAUUUUAAAUCUAUUUCAUGAUCAUUCCUAAAGUUUCCAGGCAAAAAAGAAAAGACUUUUAACUCUUAAAAGCAUACUUAAAUGGACAAAGUCUAUGCAAGGUGCAAGACAUAAAAUUGUCCAAAUCAAGAGACCUUUGGAUACCUAAGUCGAA